AUGUAUUUCUAUCUCCCUAACGCCAAGGAUGGGUUGAAUAAUCUGGUGAAGAGAAUGGCAUCUACUCCUAUAUUCUUGGAUAGUCACAUUCCAAGCGAAGAAGUCCAAGUUGGUGAAUUCAGAAUCCCAAAGUUUAAAAUCGAGUUCGGGUUUGAGGCUUCAGAUUCUUUCAAAGAAUGUAAUCUGGAUGAGGUCAAACUGUAUCAUAAAGCUUUGGUCGAGAUCGAUGAGGAUGGUGCAGAAGCUGCGGCUGUUACUGUUUUGAGAUACUUUGAAGGAUAUCGUACAUGCCACCGUACGAUGAUAGAUUUUGUGGCUGAUCAUCUAUUUCUUUUUCUGAUUAGAGAAGAAAAAACUGGAACCGUUUUGUUUGUUGGUCAGAUUUUUGAUCCUUUAAAGUCUGCUUCUGCUUAG